AUGGCCGAACGCUACUAUACUCUGGCAGAAGGCUGCCCUUUUGCUAGCAACAGCUCCACCGUUCAACUGCGGAACGGCUCUGGUGGUGGGCUUUCUUUGCUCCAAGAUACACAACUCAUUGAGACUCUCGCCCAUUUCUCUCGUGAGAGAAUCCCUGAGCGUGUGGUCCAUGCCAAGGCAGUGGGCGCAUAUGGAGAGUUCGAAGCCACCAGCGAUUGCUCCGAUAUUACUUCCGCUAGCUUUUUGAGCAAGGCUGGCAAGAAGUCUCCCGUCCUCCUUCGAGUGUCUACAGUUGGACCUGAAGCCGGUUCGGCUGACACUACUCGUGAUGUUCACGGAUGGGCCAUGAAGAUGUACACGGAUGAGGGUAACUUGGAUUGGGUCUUCAACAACACGCCGGUCUUCUUUGUUCGCGACCCAAUUAAGUUCCCUUCCUUGAACCGUUCGCACAAGAGACACCCUACGACUCAUCUUCCCGAUGCAAACAUGGUGAGUAGCCCACAUAAUUUCCUUUUGGCUAGUGCACACAUCAACUCCUGUAUUGACACUCAUAGCUUCCACGUCGGCAACCCCGAAGGUAUCCAUGAGCUUCUUCACCUCUUCAGUGACCGCGGAACACCCAAGUCUAUCCGCUACAUGAAUGCCUACAGUGGACAUACCUACAAGUUUACUAAGGAGGACGGAUCAUUUAAAUAUAUCAAGAUCCACAUCAAGAGCGCCGAGGGUGUUAAGAACAUGUCCAGCGCGGAAUCCGUCAAGAUUGCAGGCGAAGACCCCGAUUACCUCAUUCGGGAUAUGCAUGACGCUAUCGCGAAGGGCAACUACCCCGUGUGGAACGUCUACGUGCAGGUUAUGGAUCCAGCCGACGCGGAGACCUACCGUUGGAACAUCUUUGACAUGACCAAAGUUUGGCCUCACAAGGACUACCCGCUGAGACAAAUUGGAAAGUUGACUAUGAACCGCAAUCCCAAGAACUACUUCGCCGAUAUUGAGCAGGCGGCCUUCUCCCCGUCCACCAUGGUGCCCGGUAUUGCACCAUCGGCUGAUCCAAUGCUCCAAGCCCGUAUGUUCGCUUACCCCGAUGCGGCCCGGUACCGUCUCGGAGUGAACUACCAGCAGCUCCCGACCAACGCAGCCAAGGCACCCGUCUACUGCCCUUACCAGAGAGAUGGCGCCAUGCGCUUUGACGACAACUAUGGCGGUGAUCCCAACUACGUUGGCUCGUCCCUGCAGCCCACCAAGUUCUACCAAGAGGUGAAGAACUCGGGAGCCGCCCGACUGAGCGGACUGACCGAACACGAGAAAUGGGUGGGAGAAGUGACCAACUUCCAGAGCCAAAUCACAGAUGAUGACUUCGUCCAACCCGCUGCUCUCUGGGAAGUCCUCGGCAGGGAGCCCGGCCACCAGGACAGAACGAUUGCGAACCUUGCAGGCCAUAUUAAGGGUGUCAACUCUCCCCAGCUGCGCAAUGCGGUCUAUGGACUCUUUGCGAAAGUUAACGCAGACCUUGGUGAGCGUCUCAAGAAGGCAACCGAGGCCGCGGUGUCUGCGUAA